CCCCCAAAAUCAUCUCUCUUUCUGUUCUACGUCGGUGGGAAAUGGGACAGAUUUUUGUGAGUUUUGUAUUUUUGAUUAUCUUCUUAUGUAAAGCAAGUUGGGACAAGGAGCAUUUAUUUUGUGAUCGAUUUAAAGUACAGGAUAACGCUUUGGAUCGACACUUAUUUGCAAUGUUUAUACACAAUAUUUUUCCCCAUCUAAUUGCUUUUUUUUGUCUGCUGAAUAUUAACUGCAAACGAGUUUCAAAGCAUGUCAAGAAGGCCUUUGUGGGUCCACAACUUUGCAGUAGAUGACUGCCAUUAUUUUGGAUACACUUUAUGAAGCUGCUGUGUGGGAUUGUUGCAUUUCAAUAUAGAUGAGUUAGAUUGAUUCGAGUCAAAACCAGAUUGCUGAUCUCUCAAACUGAAAGGUAAAGAAGACAUGUUGCUGGGAGUUGGUAGUACUUUGUGGUCAUCCCUUCCAACAUACUGUUACUCUUAGCUAAUUAGAUGUUCAAUCCUAAAGUGAGUGAAUGUUUCUGCAGCUGUAUUUGAUGGUUAAGACAAAUAAAAUAUUUGUAGGAAGUCCUGUCUCUGUGUGAUUUGAAAGAAUUCUGUGAGUGUGUGUGUGUGUGUGCGCUCCUUGUUUCACUGGAUCUUGUAAAUGAGAAGUAUCCCGACCAGGUGUCACGGGUUCUAAAGAAUAGUUUUAUAACAGGUAAUUGCAUUCCUUUUCCUCAAAGCACUUCUGCAUACUUAACUUGAACUCUAUUUCAGUGUCGUCUGCCUUUCUCUGUGCAUCAAGUGUACGAAUAACGUGUCGCCAGUAAUCGAGAUAAAUCCGUGCUUUUGCAUCAACAUAACGUUACCCAGUUUUACCACAAUUACUGUCGAGCCUAAAGAUGAAUGAGUAGAAACAUCUGUCACUUUUUUAAGUGUAUGUAUAAGUGAUAUUUGUUUAUAACGGAUUUCUGUGAGUCAAUUUUAGAUACAAAGCUGGGUCACUUCAUGGUAAUGUAAUGUUUCAUUUAAAGGCUCUCUAUUUAUUUGGACUGUAAAGGCAAUUUAUAGAUUUCAUCCAUUACAUGUAUGUACUUUUAUCUGGUCAUUUAUGGAAAAAUGUUCUUUAGAUGUUGGAAGCAGGAAGGCGGUGUGUGUUUUAGAAAGUGUAAUGUCAGGGAAAUGUACAAUUUUGAAUACAAGAGCAGCUUUAAAGUAAUCAGCCAGGGCUGCCUCUGGAUUUUGAAAUCAUAUCUGUUUAUGUCAGGCAUUCAGUAAUUUCAUACAUUUAUUUCAUAAUUUGGAGACUGGAAACGAUACAGUUAAAUGUAUCAUAUUGACAGGAUAACAGCUGGUCUUCAUCAGUUAUUGCUCAGAUAGUUCCUGUAAAUGUAGUUUUGGAAUCAGAUGUAUUUCUUUUGCUGUUUCUGUUUGAUCGUUGUUUGAAUACUGGCAGAAAGAAGUUUUUCUAUAUUUCGCACUCAUAUUUCUACAUGAAAUAACAUGGUUUAGAGAAAGUCACCUGUAGUUGUGUGCUCAGUGUUACAGAAUAUUUGUUUUAAAUAUGUUUUCUUCUCGUCUCUUAUAGGUCCGGCUUGUUUCCUGCCUCCAGUGAAGGAAUAGGUAAAUCCCAACACACACACACACACACACACACACAGACAGACAGACCAUUGAAGAAAAGUAUUUUGUUUUUAUUUUGUGCACAAAGAAGUACAAUAUGUUUCAGAUCUUCAGGGCUUCGUACAAACAGUCGUGCUUCGUUUUGUAAUUUGCUCGAGCUUAAUAUUUGUGACGUUUGUAAAAUCGUUCAGUUUUCCACUGCUGUUAAUGUGCGUUCAUAAAUACAAAUACUUACCAAAGGAUCUGAGAUUGAGGUGGAUGACAUUUAUACGAUGGUGCUUUUCUCUGCCAUGCCCAAGGCUGCUCAUUACCAACACGAAGGGAAGGUAAUCAUUGUAGUGAUCCAGUUUUUUUUAACGGGGCUGAUUGCGGCCAAUUUGGGGAACGAAUACUCUGCGUCUCUUCUUCACUUUCUGGCCUUGUUCUGCUUUAGCCCAGUUUGUGGCCCACUUCUGUAUCUAGAAGGACAAUCGAUUUUGGGGCAAUUGUCAUUUGUUCUAAUGCAAACGUCCUCAUUUCCUCCCUAUGUGGUCAGGUGUUUUUUGUGUGCCCACUAGGGAUUUAGCCCUAAAUGUAUCUAAUCAGAAGUGUUUUAUUACAGCUUUGAUGCAUUAACAUCUGCUUUACAGAUCAAAGAUGAUGUCCCUUUGUAGAGUUAAUUGAAGAAGAAUCACUUCAUUUAAGGUUUGAGUGUGUCCUACAUUACAACCGUAUGGCCCAGAUUGCAGUCAGUACUAUUCAUGACGGUUUCCCAGAGUCACUGGAAUCUAAUAAUGUGUCUUCAGACUGAUCGAUGAGCCUGGAGCUAAUGCUCUGGCAGUGUGCGUCAGACGCAUAAUCUGAUAACGCAUCUCAAUAACUUCUUUUAGUUCAGAAAAUGUUCCCAGGAUUCCUUUUGAGUUUGUUGAUCUGCACUGAUCCCGUGUUUUUUUUCCCCCUCAUUGUUUGGACUCUCAAAGAAUGCAGUGGUGUUGUACACAAUGAUAAUUACAAAGAUGUGCUCAUGUGAUGAAGGUGAAAAAUGACUGAAAGGACUAUAAAGUGAUGGAACCCAACCUGUGGGUUCUGUAAAAUGAAUCUAAUUAAAUGAUGUUACAUGAAAUGGAACUUUUCUCAUAUUUAUUUUCUUUGUUUCUUGUUAAAUUCUUGACAUUUUUAAAAAAAAAUCCAAAAAAAUCUUCAAAUAAUGUAAAUGUUUAGUUUAAAUAUGUAAUGCUAACUUUAAAAAACUUUAUUUAAACUUUAUUCAACUUUAACAUGAAUCAUGGAUAAUAAUGUCACUUGGUUUAAAAGCGUCUGAGAGAUGUAAACAGACUCGUCCACUAGCAGAUCUCUUGGAACAGUCUGAUCCCCAAUGCAAACAUCUAUUGUUACCCAACAGUCGUUAUCGUUGUCUGUUUUGAGGUAAACCCGUUUGUCUGCUGAACGUAUGGAGCAAUUUAGUUAAAAAUAGAUGGACUUAUUUAUUUUUAUUUUUUUACAGCCUAUUGGCGCCGCCUCCCUGUGCGUAAAGACGCAUUAAGAAUUGGCACAGUCAGUAACUGAUAAUCCAGACAGGAGGUGGCUUUGGUGACGGCACAGCCUUCCAUUGAUGUUGUGAGGAGCGAGAGACAGCUGUGCAUUAACUUCUUUUUUUUAACUUAGCGCGUCUAAAUUGUCCCUCCUCGCAGAUCACGUUCUCCAUCCACGCGCCCUGCUCGCAGACAAAAAAAGUUUCCUGCGACUGUCCAAACGAGCGCGCGCUGGGGAUGGUUUCCGUCAUUAAUGGGAUUUCUCUCUAACCUGCAUCACCUGUGGGCGGUUGGACAGUGAGCCGGAGGGCGUCUGGAGGCUGGAUGGACAACAUGUCUCCGCAGCAGCAACAGGACAGCCUCAGCCGAGGCGGCGGACAGCAGGACAACAAACGGCGGACGAAGUCUCAGAGUUAUCGGCGGCAGUCCGCCCCGUCACUGGUCAUCACCAAGGCCCUCAUCAGGUCGAAGACCCUCUCCAGAGAGAGCUUCCUGGUUCCUGUGUGCCCAGAGACCUGCUCAUUGGUCCAGUCCUACCUCAGCGGCUCCGAUAGGUCGUUCCUUCUCCACGGACACGCUCAGUUGAAGACCGGGAUGCAGACCCAGGACAGACACCUCUUCCUGUUCAAUGACAUGCUGGUGAUCGCCAAAGCCAAGUCGGCCAAUCACUUCAAGCUGAAGACCCAGGUGUGUGUGUGUGAGAUGUGGACGGCGGACUGCAUGGACGAGGUGUGUGAGGGGAGCACGCACCCAGAGAGGAGCUUCGUUAUGGGCUGGCCCACCUGUAACUGUGCGGCUACGUUCAGCUCGGCAGAACUGAAGGACAGAUGGCUCCCCCUCCUCAAAAGUCGCAUAAGAGAAGAGAAAGAGAGGGAGGAACCUAAAACCAUUCCUCUGAGAGUGUACGGGAAGGGAAUCAAUACCUUUGCUGUUACCAAGAUGCUCCCGGUCAGCAACUCGGAUUCGACCAAUGAGGUGAUCCGACUGGCCCUGCAGCAGUUCAGCAUCAUAGGAAACGUGAAAGACUUCCAGUUGUGGGUCAUCUCCAAGAGGGACAACGCCCCCUACCCUCUGAUUGGUCAUGAGUUUCCCUUCAGCAUCCAGAUGAGUCAUGUGAGACACACGAUGUCUCCGGGAGGCGGCGGAAGGGAUGCCGACGGACAGAGGGCCAUGCAGGUGGAGCAGAUGCAGGUGUACAAGCAGUGCCAGUUCAUCAUGAAGCCGCGACCCAUUGAAACGCUGCACAUACCUGCAGAGUGGUCUCAGAAGCCAUUUAGAAGGAGGCGUUCCCUCAUCACCUGGGCCUUCUGGAGAGGCUCCUCCCCUCACCUGAAUGAGCUGUCCCUCGCCGGCGCGCCACGCGGCUGCCUGUUCGGCCUGCCGCUCAGCUCUGUCUGCGUAGAGGACGCUCUGCCAAAGCCAGUGAUGGACAUGAUGGCGUUCCUCUACCACGAGGGCUCGUGGACGCGGGGAAUCUUCCGACGGCCGGCGGGCGCUCGGGCCGUCAGGGAGCUGCGGGACUCUCUGGACGCCGGAGAGUUUCAACUCCCUCUGACAAGAGACCACGUCUUCCUCAUUGCCGGAGUCUUUAAGGAUUUCUUGCGCAGCAUCCCAAGCAGCUUGUUCUGUUGUGAGCUGCAUGAAGAAUGGAUGGAUGUGCUGGAGGAAGAGGAGGAGGAGGAGGAAGAACAAGUGCAGGACAUAAAGAGGAUGAUUUACCGCCUGCCCAAAGAAAAUGCCGUGUUGCUGCGCUACCUGUUGGCCAUGCUGCACGGCAUCCAGGGCAACGCCCACGAGAACCAGAUGACGACUUUCAAUUUGUCGGUGUGCAUCGCUCCCAGCAUGCUUUGGCCUCCUGGAGCCCCUUGUAGCCCUGAGGUGGAGGGAGAAGGAACCAAGAAGGUUUGUGAGCUGGUGAAGUUUAUGAUUGAACACUGUCAGCAGAUUGUGGGCGAGGAUCCGUCCUCCCUGUUUGGUGGGCCGCCACAGAGACUCAACACCGACGAGACGGGAUCAGACUCCUGGCUGUACCCUCUGACGGACUCAUCCUACGACAGUCUGGAGAACGAGUUGGACUGCAGCAGCGGCGGCUCCCAGGGCUUCUGCAGCAGAAGACACAUGAGACCCAAAACACAACAAGGCAGCCUGGACUCCAUCCUCACAUUCAGCGACUGUGACCAAGACACGGACCCAGAUAACCAGACCCAAACCGACAGCCCGCAGGAUCUGAAGUUACACCCGCUGGGGAGAACCAGCGGUAGAAGACCUAGCCAGGAUGAGCCAACUGUGGACACGUCCUCCACCCUGGAACUGCUGUCCCUGGAUGGUCGGCACAAACAGCGGCGACGCUCAGCUCCAGCUGUAGCAUACAAGUUUCGGCCGGGUGUUUCAGGGGGUACUGAUGGUCUCUCUAACAAACCUAGCAGCCACGCACUCACACACUCCAGAGGUGAGCCCGCCGCUCUGGAAGUGAGCUCCCCCAGCCUGUCCUCCGCCCCGACCUCCCCUGCACAGACCCGCUCCUCCCUGGACUCUCUCGACUCCCUGCGCUCCCCAAGCAGUGACGUCACCUGGGAGUCCAGACGUGGGCUUUACCCAACCAAAACACAGCUGCCCUCCAGUUCCCCCCCUUCCUCUGUACCCUGUAAACCCUUCACGAUAAGUUCUGCUGGUGGACAUCUAGACAUGGGGACUUUUAAAAAAGGCUCCCCUCCAAAAGAAGCACUCAACUGGGGGACCUUAAAAGGCUGCAGGGGCCUCCACCCAAACUCUUGGCUGAAGAAAGGCCGGAGGCUGUCACUAACCCAACAAGACACCUCGGAGAAGGAAGCGGAGGAGAAGACUGAGGGAGGAUCCACCGAUAAGUCGCGUACAUUUGGGAAACAUGUCCCAGAGAAAGGAAAAGCAAAACUAAUGUCCAGCAGCCAAGUCAAGGCCAAAACAUCCUGCAGAGCCUCAAAAGAUGCAGGACGCCAUGUGAAGGGGAGGUCUGGCCAGGAGCCCCACAAGCUCCAACAUCUUAAACACGACUCAUCCAGCCCCCCUUCCCACCACCGCUCUACAGGGAGUCUACAAUUUCCCAAGUCCCCCUGGCUCCCUUCAUCAGACUACCCGUUGACCUUUGUGCAGCUCAACACCACCAACACCCACGCGGCUGAAAGGGAAGUGAAUGAGCGGAAGCAACCGUCGCCAUCUUUAUUCUUUAAGCAGAGUGGACCGUCUCUGUCCCUGUUCAAGCAACACAAGUCUCACUCCGUGGAGGAGGGAUGCGACGCCAAGCUCUACAAGCGCCGGGGGUCAGAACCUGGGAGGCAGGUUGUGGACCGAGCCUCCGCCUUCACACGGGCGAGGCUGCCCAGCGACCCAGGACUGGAGGUCUCUGAGGUAGGUUCCUGCCUUUCUCCCAAUGCCACCAAUGCAGUGAGGGACUACUUCUCCUCUCACCCGCGCGCUAACCCCCAGAGCAGCCAACAGGUGACGCUCGCACUGGUGGAGAGUCGCAGGGAGUGGCUGAAGAGAUGCAGUGACCCCACAGCAGAAGCAGACUUUGACCAGCUUCUGUUUGCUGAAGAAUCUUAUGUCUGAUCGUUACUGGAGCACAUUCAUGCAGCAGGUCAAAUCUCUAAACUUCUGUUUUAUACUCUGCACCUUUAAAUGCAUGACUGCUUUUUGGUAGAACAGUUACAUUUUAAACUUUACCGAGAGCUUAUUGCCAUUAAGGGAAUGUGUUCAUCAGAUUUACAUGAUCAACAAUACAUUUAUGAAAGUCCAAACUGAUUGUCUUGGUAUCGAAUGCAUAAUGGAGCUAAGUUAGGUCAAAGUUAAAAUAUGCCAAUUUAAGCUACCUGGAGUUGCCUUCUUUUAUCAUGAACAAGCAGAAUCUCAUUCAAAAUGAAUCAAUGGAACUUAUAGAUUAAAUGGCUACGCAGUGUCAGGAUUACUUCUAUUAUUAAACAAACCUGAGAUUAGUUAAACGCAGAUGCUUUCUGCUGCAUCACGGUCACUCUGUUCCUGUAUUGUCCUUGAUCAUAAUAAGAACAUUGUUUUUUUACAAGGCCUGUAAUGUAAAUGUAAUCACUGUGACUUUGCUUUUUACACCAAAAGAACAGCUUGUAUAACGGUUUAGAACCAUCACUCCAUGUUACUGAUAUGCUCCAAAUUUUGUCAAAGCCAUGUAGUUAUUCACUAUUAAGGGUUUUAAUGGAAAAUUGUAAGAACUUACUUAACGCCUGUGCUUUUUUGUGUCGUCUCCACUGAAUUGCUUUUUGCCAACGCCGAUUAGAUUUUUCUGUGUCGAGUCUUUGUUCUCUAAAUAUUUGGUCAUAAACGACGUACAUUGUUAUGAGUCUUUUUACACUACACACAUUUCAAACGCUUCUCAGCAUUAGCAGUAGCUAAAUUUGUAAAUAUGAUCCCGGUUUUCCAUUUGUUGCCAACAAUGUGGUUAUACACGCCUGUAUUAAUCACCUAUGUCCUGUCGCAAUGUUUCUAUUAUGUACAUAUGAUCCCUUUACGCAGCUCGGAACUUUGUUAAAAUAGGCAACAAGACUGCUGCUUUAUAAUGUCUAUGCCUCCUUUACGUGUAUUUAAACGCUGUGUUAACAAGCCGAACAAACCUGCAUUUGCAAAUAAAAUGACCUGAAUAUAA